CUCUGCCUCCUCCCUCCUUCCCUUUGGUUCUCCCCAGUUACAGAAGUUCUGAUUUUUCCUAGAGAGCCAGAGGAAAGGCAGGUACCCAGAGCGGGAUUAUAUUUAUAGGCUUAUUUGGUCCGGUGGGACGCCAGAGAGGAAAUCACAUUUUGUCACUGGUUUCUCAGGGGAAGAAAACAAAAGUAUCCCUGAGAACUUCAGCGGCCGGGUUUGGCACCAGGGAAUUGCCUUCAGAAAAUUGGGGAUUCAGAAAAUUGGAAGCUUUUACCGGCAUGGCGAACCUACUUAAAACAGUGGUGACUGGCUGUUCGUGUCCUUUAUUUAGCAAUUUGGGGUCCUGUAAGUUUCUACCUAGGAAGAAAGAUUUUUUACGAACAUUUCAUACUCACCAGGUGCUGUGGUGUAAAGCUCCUGUAAAACCAGGAAUUCCAUAUAAGCAACUGACUAUCGGAGUCCCCAAGGAGAUUUUCCAAAAUGAGAAGCGAGUGGCGUUAUCUCCUGCUGGUGUUCAGGCCUUGGUCAAACAGGGCUUUAAUGUCGUCGUGGAAUCGGGGGCGGGUGAAGCUUCCAAGUUCUCAGAUGAUCACUAUAGAGCAGCAGGUGCCCAAAUCCAAGGGACGAAGGAAGCACUGGCUUCUGAUUUGGUGGUCAAAGUGCGAGCCCCCAUGGUUAAUCCGACAUUAGGUGUUCAUGAAGCUGAUCUUUUAAAGACAUCAGGAACAUUGAUUAGUUUUAUUUACCCAGCACAAAAUCCGGACUUGCUAAAUAAACUUUCUAAAAGAAAAACUACAGUUCUGGCAAUGGACCAGGUUCCAAGAGUCACAAUUGCUCAGGGAUAUGAUGCGCUAAGCUCCAUGGCCAACAUUGCUGGUUAUAAGGCUGUUGUCCUAGCAGCAAAUCAUUUUGGACGGUUUUUUACCGGUCAGAUCACAGCUGCUGGAAAAGUGCCUCCAGCUAAGAUUCUGAUAGUUGGUGGUGGUGUUGCUGGGCUUGCUUCUGCGGGGGCAGCAAAGUCGAUGGGCGCAAUUGUUCGAGGAUUUGACACGAGAGCUGCAGCUCUGGAACAGUUCAAAUCUCUUGGUGCUGAGCCUUUGGAGGUAGACCUGAAGGAAUCUGGAGAGGGACAAGGAGGUUAUGCAAAAGAGAUGUCCAAGGAAUUCAUUGAUGCAGAAAUGAAACUGUUUGCUCAACAAUGCAAAGAGGUAGACAUCCUUAUCAGCACAGCACUUAUUCCAGGUAAAAAAGCUCCGGUUUUAUUUACUAAAGACAUGAUUGAGUCAAUGAAGGAAGGUUCAGUUGUUGUGGAUUUAGCUGCUGAAGCUGGGGGAAACUUUGAAACCACUAAGCCAGGAGAACUUUAUAUUCAUAAGGGAAUUACUCAUGUGGGCUACACAGACCUUCCCAGCCGAAUGGCCACUCAGGCCAGCACCCUGUAUUCCAACAACAUUACCAAACUUCUGAAAGCCAUCAGCCCAGACAAAGAUAAUUUUUAUUUUGAAGUGAAAGAUGACUUUGACUUUGGAACAAUGGGUCAUGUCAUUAGAGGAACUGUAGUCAUGAAGGAUGGCGAAGUGAUUUUCCCAGCUCCCACACCAAAAAAUAUUCCUCAAGGUGCCCCAGUAAAACAGAAAACAGUGGCUGAGCUGGAAGCUGAAAAAGCAGCUACCGUUACCCCCUUCAGGAAGACAAUGACAACGGCUUCGGCGUAUACAGCAGGUCUCACGGGGAUGCUGGGUUUGGGCAUGGUGGCCCCCAAUCUAGCCUUUUCUCAGAUGGUGACUACUUUUGGCUUGGCUGGCAUUGUGGGUUACCACACUGUCUGGGGCGUGACUCCUGCCCUCCACUCACCACUGAUGUCUGUGACUAACGCAAUCUCAGGGUUGACUGCGGUUGGUGGGUUGGCGCUGAUGGGCGGACACUUGUAUCCUUCCUCCACCCCUCAGGGCCUUGCUGCCCUUGCUGCUUUCAUAUCCUCAGUCAACAUUGCAGGUGGCUUUCUGGUGACUCAGAGAAUGCUGGACAUGUUCAAGCGUCCCACCGAUCCCCCAGAAUACAACUACCUGUAUCUGCUCCCUGCCGGCACCUUUGUCGGUGGAUAUUUAGCUGCCCUCUACAGUGGUUAUAACAUCGAACAAAUCAUGUACCUAGGCUCGGGUUUGUGCUGUGUUGGUGCCCUGGCUGGCCUUUCCACUCAGGCAACAGCUCGUCUUGGCAAUGCAUUGGGCAUGAUUGGGGUUGCCGGAGGCCUGGCAGCCACCCUUGGAGGCUUAAAACCUGGCCCAGAAUUGCUAGCUCAGAUGUCUGGAGCAAUGGCUUUGGGCGGUACCAUAGGACUGACAAUUGCCAAGCGCAUCCAGAUUUCCGAUUUACCUCAAUUAGUUGCUGCUUUCCACAGUUUGGUGGGUUUGGCGGCUGUACUUACUUGUAUAGCUGAAUAUAUUGUAGAAUAUCCGCAUUUUGCUGUGGACGCAGCAGCAAAUCUCACCAAGAUUGUGGCUUAUCUUGGCACCUACAUUGGUGGUGUCACCUUUAGUGGGUCUCUUGUUGCCUAUGGAAAACUGCAGGGUAUCCUGAAUUCUGCCCCUCUCCUCCUACCUGGAAGGCACUUACUCAAUGCAGGCUUGCUGGCUGCGAGCGUAGGUGGAGUAAUCCCAUACAUGCUGGAUCCAAGCUUUGCCACUGGCAUUCUCUGUCUGGGCUCUGUGUCAGCUCUCUCUGCUGUCAUGGGUGUGACUUUGACGGCUGCUAUUGGAGGUGCUGACAUGCCUGUGGUCAUCACUGUACUGAAUAGCUACUCAGGCUGGGCCCUGUGUGCCGAGGGCUUCCUGCUCAACAACAACCUGCUGACCAUUGUGGGUGCACUCAUCGGCUCCUCUGGUGCUAUCCUGUCAUACAUCAUGUGUGUGGCAAUGAAUCGCUCCCUGGCUAAUGUGAUUCUUGGAGGCUAUGGCACCACUUCAACAGCUGGUGGAAAACCCAUGGAAAUUUCUGGCACACAUACGGAAAUCAACCUUGACAAUGCAAUUGACAUGAUCCGAGAAGCUAAUAAUAUCAUUAUUACGCCAGGCUAUGGUCUCUGCGCGGCCAAAGCUCAGUACCCCAUUGCUGAUUUGGUAAAGAUGCUCACUGAGCAAGGCAAAAAAGUCAGGUUUGGAAUUCACCCAGUUGCAGGCCGAAUGCCUGGUCAGCUUAAUGUGCUUCUGGCUGAGGCUGGGGUGCCAUACGAUAUCGUGUUGGAAAUGGAUGAGAUCAACCAUGACUUCCCAGACACUGAUUUGGUCCUUGUAAUUGGAGCUAAUGACACAGUUAAUUCAGCAGCUCAAGAAGAUCCCAACUCUAUUAUUGCAGGCAUGCCAGUCCUUGAGGUCUGGAAAUCAAAGCAGGUCAUUGUUAUGAAGAGGUCUUUGGGUGUUGGCUAUGCUGCAGUGGACAAUCCAAUCUUCUACAAACCUAACACAGCCAUGCUUCUAGGCGAUGCCAAGAAGACGUGUGAUGCGCUGCAGGCCAAAGUUAGGGAAUCUUAUCAGAAGUAAACAGUAAAGAUUAAGUCAUUGUGGGUUAAAGACACCUCUUUUCAGUUGUGGGAACAGGCAAAUAAAACAUCAGUGUACAUGGGCGAUACGCAUCUGUAGCAAAACCCUUGGAAGAAAAAGGAGACUGAAGUAAUCAAAGAGAUACUGUGGAAGAUUUUUCCAAGCAGCGACCCCUCAAUUUUAAAAAAGGAUUGAAAAUUCUAAACGUCUUUCUGUGCAUACUUUUUGUGACGAAUCAAAAGUAUUCUAUAAAAGGAGAAAGAACAGCCUCCUUUUAGAUGUAAUGCUGUUGAACUUUCUGUGGCUCCUCAAUAACCAGAAAUGUUUUUAAGCAAUUAAAUGUUUAGGAAUUCCGGACUUAAUAUUAUACAUGGGUCUGAAAAAUCUGACACAAUAUAAACAUUGCAGGCACCUGCAUUUAUGUUUUUUUUUUUUUUUUUACAACAAAUGUGACUAAUUUGAAACUUUUAUGAACUCCUCAUCUGUCCCUUUGCAAUUUAACCAUAGUCUGAAUUGACCAUAUCAAAUCAGUUUUAAUUUUUCAAAUUUUACAGAUUCUAGAUUUUAAGGGAUAUUUUCUCACUACUAUUUUAAUACAUUAAAGGAUUAGAAAAUCUUUCAGAGAUGCUGGAAACAAAUCAUUUGCUUUGUAUGUUUCACUAGAAUACCACUGAAACAUGAAACUUGAAAUUAGUAUUGUAUUUUUGAAAACCCCAUUACUAAUCAGAGAAAUUAGUAUUGUAUUUUGAAAACCGCAUUACUAAUCAGAAUCUUUAAUUUCAAUCAAUUUAUAACAGUACUGUAUUAAGUGCACUUGAGUGGAAUUCAUCUAUUUGACCAAUAAAAUAAAUUCAUCAUGUUUGCAAGUGAUGUAGCAAUUAUCUCUGGUGACAGAAGGCUAAAAUGAAAUAUUUCUGCAUGUUAUAAACGUCAAGGGAAGACCUGCUACUAUGAAACAGAUGAAAUUAAUCUCUUUACUGUUUAUAAGAAUCGAUGGUUUUCUUCAAAUCAGUGUGUUUUGAAGUCUUCUGUAAUUGAUGACAUUUGAGAGAAAUGGUGGCUUUUUAUAGCUACCUCUUUGUUCACCUAAGUACCAGUAAAGAUCAUGUCCUUUGUAGAA